UGCCCCCCGGAGCCCCCAGGCCCCUGCCCCCCACGCGUGCCCUGGCCAUGGCGGCUGUGCGCGGGGCGCCCUUGCUCGGCUGCCUCCUGGCGCUGCUGGCGCUGUGCCCCGGGGGGCGCGCGCAGACGGUGCUGACUGACGACGAGAUAGAGGAGUUCCUCGAGGGCUUUCUGUCGGAGCUGGAGCCCGAGCCCCGCGAGGACGACGUGGAGGCCCCGCCGCCCCCCGAGCCCACCCCGCGCGUCCGCAAAGCCCAGACCGGGGGCAAGCCGAGGACGCGCCCGGGGGCGGCCGGAGAGGGUAAGACGCCUCCAGAAAAGGCCAAAGACAAAGGGAAGAAAGGGAAGAAGGACAAAGGCCCCAAGGCCACCAAGCAGCCCCUGGAGGGGUCCCCCAGACCACCCAAGAAGCCGAAGGAGAAGCCACCCAAGGCCACCAAGAAGCCCAGGGAGAAGCCACCCAAGGCCACCAAGAAGCCCAAGGAGAAGCCACCCAAAGCCACCAAGAAGCCCAAGGAGAAGCCACCUAAGGCCACCAAGAAGCCUGUGACCAGGAAGAGGCUGCCCACCCCGACCCCCUCAGAAACCCCGUGGUGGCCACUACCCGCACCCCCCGGCCCCGGCCUCGAGGAGGAGCUGCCCCAGGAGGGAGGCGGGGCCCUUCUAAGUCCCUGGCAGGGUCCGGGAGGAGAGACUGAUGUGGAGAACCAGCCUGAACUGGAGGAGGAGACCGAGCAGCCCACGCUGGACUACAACGACCAGAUAGAGAGGGAGGACUACGAGGACUUUGAGUACAUCCGGCGCCAGAAGCGGCCCAGGCUGCCCCCCAGCAGGAGGAGGCCCGAGAAGCCUUGGCCUGAGCGUCCCGAGGAGAAGGCCGAGCCACCCGGGCCGGGGCUCAAGGCCCCAGAGGAGGAGGAGGAGAGGAUCGAGCUGCCUCUGAAGCCGCUGCCGCCCCUGCCGCCCCCCGACUAUGGGGGUGGCUACGUGAUCCCCGACUACGAUGACAUGGACUAUUACUUCCGGCCUCCCAAGCCCCAGAAGCCCUACCCGGAGCUAGAGACAGACGAAGAGAAGGAGGGGCUGAGUGAGUUGGGCUCUGGUCUUCUUGGUUCUGGGCUUGUCGGAGGGAGGGACAGAGCCAGUGGGCCACCAGCCUGGGGUGCCGUGUCCCUAGAAUGCCCCCCUAUCGGGAUGGAGUCGCAUCAUAUCGAGGACAACCAGAUCCGGGCCUCCUCCAUGCUGCGCCAUGGCCUGGGGGCACAGCGCGCCCGGCUCAACAUGCAGGCUGGUGCCACCGAGGAUGACUACUUUGACGGGGCAUGGUGUGCUGAGGACGACCCUCAGACCCAGUGGAUCGAGGUGGACACCAGAAGGACCACCAAGUUCACAGGUGUCAUCACCCAGGGCCGUGACUCCAGCAUCCAUGAUGACUUUGUGACCUCCUUCUUCGUGGGCUUCAGCAACGACAGCCAGACGUGGGUGAUGUACACCAACGGCUAUGAGGAAAUGACCUUCCACGGGAACGUGGACAAGGACACCCCUGUGCUGAGUGAGCUCCCGGAGCCGGUGGUGGCCCGCUUCAUCCGCAUCUACCCACUCACCUGGAACGGCAGCCUGUGCAUGCGCCUGGAGGUGCUGGGGUGCCCCGUGUCCCCUGUCCACAGCUACUACGCACAGAAUGAGGUGGUGACCACUGACAACCUGGACUUCCGGCACCACAGCUACAAGGACAUGCGCCAGCUGAUGAAGGCGGUGAACGAGGAGUGCCCCACUAUCACCCGCACAUACAGCCUGGGGAAGAGCUCACGCGGGCUCAAGAUCUACGCCAUGGAGAUCUCGGACAACCCUGGGGACCAUGAGCUGGGGGAGCCCGAGUUUCGCUACACGGCUGGGAUCCAUGGCAACGAGGUGCUGGGGCGUGAGCUGCUGCUGCUGCUCAUGCAGUACCUGUGCCGCGAAUACCGCGACGGGAACCCCCGUGUGCGCAGCCUAGUGCAGGACACGCGCAUCCACCUGGUGCCCUCACUGAACCCUGAUGGCUAUGAGGUGGCAGCGCAGAUGGGCUCAGAGUUUGGGAACUGGGCACUGGGGCUGUGGACCGAGGAGGGCUUUGACAUCUAUGAAGACUUCCCGGAUCUCAACUCUGUGCUCUGGGGAGCUGAGGAGAGGAAAUGGGUCCCCUACCGCGUCCCCAACAAUAACCUGCCCAUCCCUGAACGCUACCUCUCCCCAGAUGCCACGGUGUCCACGGAGGUCAGGGCCAUCAUUGCCUGGAUGGAGAAGAACCCCUUUGUGCUGGGGGCAAACCUGAACGGUGGCGAGCGGCUGGUGUCCUACCCCUACGACAUGGCCCGCACGCCCAGCCAGGAGCAGCUGCUGGCUGCAGCCAUGGCAGCUGCCAGGGGAGAGGAUGAGGACGAGGCAUCUGAGGUCCAGGAGACCCCAGACCACGCCAUCUUCCGCUGGCUGGCCAUCUCCUUUGCCUCUGCCCACCUCACCAUGACUGAGCCCUACCGGGGAGGGUGCCAAGCGCAGGACUACACCGGUGGCAUGGGCAUCGUCAACGGGGCCACGUGGAACCCCCGAUCUGGAACUAUCAAUGACUUCAGUUACCUGCACACCAACUGCCUGGAGCUCUCCAUCUACCUGGGCUGCGACAAGUUCCCUCACGAGAGUGAGCUGCCCCGAGAGUGGGAGAACAACAAGGAAGCUCUGCUCACCUUCAUGGAGCAGGUUCACCGUGGCAUCAAGGGAGUUGUGACGGACGAGCAGGGCAUCCCUAUUGCCAAUGCCACCAUUUCCGUGAGUGGCAUCAACCAUGGUGUCAAGACAGCAAGUGGUGGUGAUUACUGGCGAAUCCUGAACCCGGGUGAGUACCGUGUGACAGCUCACGCAGAGGGCUACACCCCGAGCGCCAAGACCUGCAACGUGGAUUACGACAUCGGGGCCACCCAGUGCAACUUCAUCCUGGCACGCUCCAAUUGGAAGCGCAUCCGGGAGAUCUUGGCCAUGAAUGGGAACCGGCCCAUCCCACACAUUGACCCCUCACGCCCCAUGACCCCCCAGCAGCGACGCAUGCAGCGCCGCCGCCUGCAGUACCGGCUGCGAAUGCGCGAACAGAUGCGGCUCCGUCGCCUCAAUGCCACCACAAGCCCAGCCACCUCCCCCACAUCGCCCCCCACCACCCCCACACUGCUCCCCACCCCCACCCUCGCUCCCUCACCCGCACCGAGCUCCACCCUGGGGCCCUGGCACUUUAUACCCGAGACCACGGCUGACUGGGAGGAGUCAGAGACUGAGACCUACACAGAGGUGGUGACGGAGUUUGGGACGGAGCUGGGGCCCGAGGAGGAGGAAGAGAAGGAGGAGGAGGAGAUGGUCACCGGCCCAGAGUUCCCCUUCACCACAGCCGAGACCUACACAGUGAACUUCGGGGACUUCUGAGAACAGGUCUCCCAACGCCGAGCCUGCGCCAGUAGUCAUGUCACCUCGGCCAGCUCGGUGGCCAUUAGCACAUGGAAGGCCCCCUGGGGUGGGCCGGGCCAGGAGGGGGCAUGAAUGUGACCAAGACCUACGAGCCUGGGUCUGUGUCAGGCUUCUGCUCCACCUGCUGGCUUCGUAGAGGACAGGCUGUGGCAGGGCUGGGGUGGGGGCAGGCCGAGUGAGCCCAGGAGGCAGACUUCUCAACACCUGCCCAGGCCGCACCAAUAAACCAAGCUCAUGGCA